AUGUUUCUAGCCUUAAUGAUCUUCAUCGCUCGGCCUUUUUCUGUCGGCACAACCUCGUCCCCCCCGGUGUGCGGCUCCCCGCUGAUCUCCAGCAGGAUAGUCGGGGGCACCAACGCUGUGGAUGGAGAAUGGCCCUGGCAGAUCAGCCUGAUUUAUUUGGGUAACUUUACAUGUGGGGGGAGCCUGAUCUCCAGCCAGUGGGUGAUGUCCGCAGCUCAUUGCUUCCAAAGAUCUGUCAAUCCACAAAAAUACAUCAUAUAUUUGGGGAAAUACCAGUUACUAAAGGCGGAUAAUCAUACAGUCAUCUCUAAUGUUAGCAAUAUCAUCGUACACCCGCUGUAUACAGGUGUUGGAAGCAAAGGGGACAUCGCCUUACUGAAGCUCUCCAGCCCUGUCACCUACACCAAGUACAUCAUGCCCAUCUGUCUGCCCUCGGCCUCUGUCAUCUUCCCCUGUGGCAUGGAAUGCUGGGUCACUGGAUGGGGCACAAUAUAUUCAGGAGUAAAUUUACCAUCCCCCAUGACCCUCCAGGAGGUGAUGACUCCCAUCAUUGACAGAGUAACAUGUGAUGGACUCUAUCAUGUGGGCUCCACCACCAGCAGUAACGUCUUCAUCAUCCUGGAUGACAUGAUAUGUGCUGGUUAUGCAGAUGGAGGCAAGGACUCCUGCCAGGGAGACUCCGGGGGACCCCUGGUAUGUAAGGUGCAGGGCGCCUGGUACCAAGCUGGAGUUGUAAGUUGGGGAUAUAGAUGCGCUGUGAUGAACCGUCCUGGAGUGUACACACUGGUAUCAGCCUAUUCAUCCUGGAUCCAAACCUACGUGUCAGAUGUGACCUUCAGUAACCUCCCAAAUAUACCUCCGCCAUCUCUUGAGUGUGGAACAGGAAAUCAGAUCUCUACAUCAUCAACAGUCAACUACACCCCAUCCCUCAGUCCUGUGUGCAGCUCUCCGAUGGUCAGUAACCAGAUUGUAGGGGGCACAGACGCUGUAGAUGUAACCAGUCCUGACCUCCAAACCUCUCCUAAACAAGUCAACAACACCUCAUCCCUCAGUCCUGUGUGCGGCUCUCCGAUGGUCAAUAACCGGAUUGUAGGGGGCACAGACGCUGUAGAUGGUGAAUGGCCCUGGCAGGUCAGUCUGCGGUACCAGGGAUCUCAUCUCUGUGGAGGGUCCUUAAUCUCCAACCAGUGGGUCCUGACUGCUGCUCAUUGCUUUAAAUAUUCUAUCAAUGUGAACUAUUAUACUGUCGUGGUGGGAGAAUACCGACUGUCCAUGAUUGAUGACCAUGAAGACUAUGCCAAUGUACAGCGAAUUAUCACUCACCCCACAUUUACAUUGACAGCUAGUAGUGGAGACAUUGCCCUUAUCCAGCUGAGGAGCCCAGUCACCUACACCAAGUACAUAAUGCCUAUCUGUCUGCCAUCUACUACUGUCAUGUUUCCUACUGGCAUGAACUGUUGGGUAACUGGCUGGGGAAGCGUCAAAUCUGGGGUGAAUCUCCAGUAUCCUCAGACUCUACAAGAGGUGAUGACCCCACUGAUUGACUACAAGACAUGUGAUACCAUGUACCACGUAAACUCCGGUGUGAGCGCGAGCGUCAGCAUCAUCUACCGUGAUAUGAUUUGUGCCGGGUACAAACAAGGGACAAAGGAUUCCUGCCAGGGAGACUCUGGAGGACCUUUGGUGUGUAAAGUAAAUGGUGCAUGGUACCAGGUGGGCAUUGUCAGUUUUGGUGACGGCUGUGCUCUUCCACACCGGCCCGGAGUCUACACGCUAACUACGGCCUACCAGACAUGGAUACAAGCCUACAUCUCAGAACUUCAUUUUACUAAUUUGGGAAUUAUAAGUGGCCCAACUGGAAAUGGAAGCUCCAAGCAAUUGGGUCAAGAACUGAUGACUCUGAUACUUCUAACCUUGAGUUUUAUGGUUUUCAGACUUUAG